GCCGCAGAGUCGCCAUGCCGGAACCGCGCGGGUCUUCGCCCCUUCGGGUAAACGCGGCGUUUGCCGCGCGGUACGGCCGCUACCGGGAGCGCGAGGAGCUGCAGCGGCUUAAAGAUCGCUAUGGGGACCGGGACAGCGGCGGCGACUCCAGCUCUGAGUCUGACUCUAGCGACGAGCGCGUGGAAUUUGACCCCCAGCAAGAGCGUGACUUUUAUAGGACUCUCUCCUUGUUGAAGAAGAAGGACCCCCGCAUUUAUCAGAAGGAUGCCACCUUCUAUCAGAAAGCAGUAUCGUCCUCGGAGAGCGAGGAAGCUGAGGAAGCCAAAGAGAAGCAAAAGAAGAUACGGCCUAUGUACCUGAAGGACUAUGAAAGGAAGGUUAUCCUGGAGAAAGAAGGCAAAUAUGUCGAUGAGGAAAAUUCAGAUGCAGAGACCUCCGAUCAGAGAUUCCAGCAGAUCUCGUCGCAAAGUUACGUAGAAGAACAGAAACAACUCAAGGAAAGCUUCCGGGCAUUCGUGGAGGACAGCGACGAUGAGGACAGUGCCGGGGAAGGUGGCUCUGGGUUGCUGCAGAAACGGGCCAAAACCAGGGAGGAGAAGGCCCAGGAGGAUGCGGACUACGUGGAGUGGCUGAAGGGGCAGAGGGAGAUUCACAACCCUGACACCCUGAAGGAACUGACCCACCUCAAGGAGUAUUGGAACAACCCAGAGCUGGAUGAAGGAGAGCAGUUCCUGCGGGAUUAUAUCCUCAACAAACGCUAUGUGGAGGAGGAGGAAGGCGAGGAAGAGGAGGCAGAGGAGGAGGAAGGGGGCCCCAGCCUCCCGGUCCAGCUAGCCGUGGACGAUUCCUCAGAUGAGGGGGAGCUGUUUCUGAAGAAGCAGGAGGACUUUGAGCACAAGUACAACUUCCGCUUCGAGGAGCCGGACUCGGCCUUGGUCAAGACCUACCCUCGAAGCAUCGCGUCCUCUGUGCGCCGCAAAGAUGAGCGCAGGAAGGAGAGGAGAGAGGAGACACGGGAGCGAAAGAGGAGGGAGAAAGUGAAGAAGCAGGAAGAGCUCAAGCAGCUGAAGAACCUGAAAAGGAAGGAGAUUCUGGCCAGGCUGGAGAGGCUGCGGCAGGUCACAGGCAACGAGACACUGGGCUUUGAGGAGCGGGACCUCGAGGACGACUUUGACCCCACCCGGCACGACCAGCUCAUGCAGAGGUGUUUUGGGGACGAGUACUAUGGCACCGUGGAGGAGGAGAAGCCGCACUUUGAGGAAGAGGAAGGGCUUGAAGAUGACUGGAACUGGGACACGUGGGCUGGGCCUGAGCAGGGUGGAGCUUGGAAUCAGCAGGAGCUGCACUGCGAGGACCCCGACUUCAAUGUAGGUGCCAUGGGCAGAGGGGGGACCUGGGGGGGUACACGGGGCCGCCCCUCCCCGCCGACGGCUGGCCUGACCUUGGCAUCUCGACAGAUGGACGCGGACUACGACCCCAGCCAGCCGCGGAAAAAGCGGCGCGAGGCCCCCCUGACGGGCAAGAAGAAGCGCAAGUCACCCUUCGCCGCGGCUGUGGGGCAGGAAAAGCCGGUGUUCGACCCUGGAGACAAGACGUUCGAGGAGUACCUGGAUGAGUAUUACCGGCUGGACUAUGAGGACAUCAUUGACGACCUGCCCUGUCGCUUUAAGUACCGCACGGUGGUUCCCUGCGACUUCGGGCUGAGCACCGAGGAGAUCCUCGCUGCCGACGACAAGGAGCUGAACCGGUGGUGCUCCCUGAAGAAAACCUGCAUGUACAGGUCAGAGCAGGAGGAACUGCAGGACAAGAGGACGUACAGCCAGAAGGCCCAGAACUCCUGGAAAAAGAGGCAGAUCUUUAAGUCACUUUGCCCAGAGAGGACGGAGACGCUUACGGAAGCCACAGGGAAGCCACAGAGAGACAAAGAUGGCCCGCCCGGGCAGCUGCUGGCAUCUGCUGGGGCCCGCAGGAAGCAGCCCCAGCCUGGGAGCCCCCCAGCACAGGAAGAAGCAGUCCCCGUGUCACACACCCAGAAGCCAAUCCCCCAGAGGCGGAGGAGGGGCAGGAAGGCGCGUCUCCUGGGCCCCACCGUGACACUUGGGGGGCAUGAGUUUAGCCGCCAGAGACUGCAGGCCUUUGGCCUCAACCCCAAACGGCUGCACUUCCGCCAGCUGGCCCGGCAACGGAGGAAGCCACAGGGUCCCAAGAGCGGCCCCUGAGCUCCAGGGAGCAGGCAGGGGCCCUGGCGUUCCUCCCUUCUGUCGCACUCCUCAUGCAUGUCCCUCAUGGACCGUGUGGACUCAUGGGCAGAGAAGUCUUCCUGUCUCACAGAUGUGGAAGCCGAGGCCUACCUAACAAGCUUCCCCCCCGCAUCUCCCCUUGAGACACACCUCGGACCCCAUCCCGCAGACGCUGGGCCAGCCACAGCCAGUCAAGUUAAACGGCUUUAUUAGCCCCCAGUGGCCACAGUUCCCCCCACCACCCCUGGACUUCGGCAGGGUGGGAGCUUUGGGACCAGCGAGGGG